AUGGCAAAUUAGCUGACUAAUAACUCUGUUUUAGAAAAACCACUUAUUCAAGAAUUUCAAAAUCUUUUACCUUAUGUUAAACUAUGGAAAAACUAGACAAAUAAAACAAACUCUCAAAUCAAUCCCUCACAACUUCAAUAUUAAUAAAAUAGGAUACCAAUUAAUCUACCAGAGUAUAUUGAUUGCUAUUUAGGUUUUUGGUGCGAAAUUUAUUUUUCAAAAUUUAGCUUAGAAAAUGAAUGCAGUGAUGAUAAAACAGUAAAUAAGAGAUAUAUCUUGGAAAUCACUUCUAACGGUGCUAUUAUUUUACCCUAAAUUGCCUCUGAAUACAGCACAUUUGUUGCAAAUUACUCACAAAGAUUUAAGCUUUUAAGCUAUAUCGGAAAAUAUACUAUCAAUGUCACCUAUCAGAUUUCAGAUACAGUUAAUCUAGCAAAUAGGUGGAUACUUGUCCAAGAUUUCUUCAUUCUUAAUAUAACUAAUACUUGCGAAAAAGAAUACAAACUGCUACAAGAUAUUAAUAAUGUUUCAAUUCGAUAGCAAGUCAAUGGUGAUGUAAUAUACUAUACGAUACCCAGAUUAUUAUUGAGGCCACAUCAGGAUUGUUUCAAGCAAACUCCAAGUAGAAUAGUUAAUGAUGAUUAAUAAGAUUUAUCCUCGAUUGUUAUCUGGGACAGAUUUUCUGACUUUUAAGUUGGUAUUUUAGCAGAUACUCCAGAUAAAAUUGGUGAAUAUGAAUUUUUGUUCGAAAUUAAAGUUAAUGCUGAGAUCGAAGGAUUUUAAUUUAGAUUAUAUAAACCUUACUCAUUCAAAUUUGAAGUCUACAAAUAUAUUUAGGUUGACUAAUUUAUAAUUAACAACAGCGCACCAUACUUCUCAUCAUAUGUGCAAGACAUUGAAGCUAAAGUAGGGGUAGAGCAGGUAGUAGACCUUCCUGAUAUAACAGAUGCAGAAGGAGAUGAAUAUUCAAUAUUGAUAUAGGGAAUUAAAGCAAACUUAUUUAUAACUGAAUCUAAUAAGAAGCUCAUCAUACAGCCAACCUAGACAGUGGUUGGCCUGAUGUUUCUAACUAUUAUGAAUCUUUGCUAAAUGAUGGAGCAUUUGUAGAAGAAUAUAAAAGGUCUCAGGCAUUUAAAAUAAUCGGAGUAAUAGAAGCUAGGAUAAGAAUGGGAUAGAUUGAUUGUAAAUUUUAAAAUGAAUUUCUUGUUCUAUGAUCAGACAGAAAAGCUCAUGAUGUAAAAGGGAUAUCAGAUUAAGAGAUAUAUACCUCCAUAGAUGAGCAAAAGUUUAAAAGAUUUUAUGAACAGCCUCGGAUCAUCUACUUCAAUAUCGUUAACUAGUAUAAUGGGAUCAAAUUUGUUCAUCAAUAUUCUGAUGUAAGACGACACUGCUGAAUUAUUAUAGGUCUCAGAGUAUCUCGAUGUUAUGGGGAAUGAUUAAUAGUUUCCAAUUAAUUACACAUCUACCUUUAAUGUAGAUGAUUCCACAUAUAAUCCUAAUUAUGAAAGAAUGGGAUACACCUCAACUAAUGUGAUUAGAAAUCUAGGACCUAUAUUUUAUUUCUACUGCUUGUUGAUGUAUUAUAAAUUUGAUGUAUUCAUUAUAUAGGAUCAUUAUGGUUUUAGUAUAAUUCUUCAAUUUCGUGAGAAUAGCGUCUAGAAAAGGUUCUCAACUUUUAUUGAUAAGUCUGCAUUUAUAUUGUCAAUGAUAUUUCUUUGUAUAAGCUUUCUUUUUCCUAUCAUUUGUGGACUAUUGACUAAUGUGGUUUAUAAAAGAAAUAAAGGACCUUUAAAAUCAAAUUUCAGGCCAAUCAUUGAAAAUAUAAGAGAAGAUAGCUACAUCUUUACCUCAAUUUACCUAGGUCGGAGAAUAAUUUACUCUUUAACUCUUGUUUCAUUCGAUGGAAAAUAAGGUCUCUAACUAAUAUUUUUGAUAAUUUAAAACAUGAUUAUGAUUAUUUACAUAACUUUAAGUUAGCCAUAUCAAAACAAGCUAGCUAAUAAUCUAGAAAUCUUUAAUGAAAUUAUUUUCCAGGUUAUUUUGUACAGCAUGAUUGUCUUUUCAGAUCACUAUGUUCUUGAUUUUGAACUUAAAAUUUGGAUUGGAUAUUUUCCUAUAGCUCUUUCAAUUAUUUUUGUGAUGAUCAACAUAUAUUUGUUGUGCAUUUCCAAAAUUCUUUAAUCUUUGAGAUCUAGUGUUAUUUAAAAUGAACCAAAGAAAAAACUUAAAAUGAAAUCAAAAAAAGCUAAAAAUACUUCUACCCCUAGAUUUUAGCCAUAGUUGUCAGGUUCUUAUUAUUCAUCUACAACUGAUUUUUGCCAUAAAGAUAAACUAUCUGGUAAAGUAAAAAAGGAAAAAAUUAGCAAGAAAAGUAAUAUAAAAAAAUCAUAAAGAAAAUAAAAUAGAUGA